AUGUCGUCGCCUUGCUUGGCGAAGCCCGGCAGGUGCAGCAGCCCCGUGGACCUCGAGGGAGCCUCCGAUGCUUCACCUGCUGCCAGUCCACGCUCCGGGCCACAGGCACCUGCGGUGCAGCCGCAGCAGCCAAAGCCCGAUUUGGUGGCAUUGCACGAGUCGCACGACGACGAGAGCUGCAGGUUGCAAGCGCAUGAUGAUGGCAGUGAGCGGGACGCUGUGGAGCAUCCACACUUCACAAGCUCGCAACUGGAGGCGAUUGGGGCAGUUGACCCUGACGCUGCAGAACAUGAUCACUUCGCAAGCUCGCUUCUGGAGGAGUCCGUCUCGCAGGAGGACUCUAUCAAGAUUGUCAUAGAAAAAGCGGAGCCUUGCGAACCGGACGAGCCCUUCGAAGAUCAGGACGAGGCGUCUGCAGCACUCGUGCAGUCACUGGUGGGGGAUGCUCUUGGGGACUCCAUGGCAUCUCGAUUGAUGACUCCACAACCAGAGGAGUCUGAGGGCUUGGAGGCGUCGCCUAAGUCUGCCUCAGCCUUCAAUGCGUCUCGGGACACUGCUUGGACCCCCGAUGACCUCGUUGCGAACGUGAUCGAGGAUGUCGUAGAGCUCGAUGGAAAGCCAGAUUCCACGCAAGAUGCUGGCAGCUUCCCAACCUCGAUGGAGGAUGUCAACGCGAUGGACCCGCUGCUUGUGGAGAAGCUUCAACAGGCACUCCUUCAGGCAGAAGAAGAUCCGUGCGAUCAAUCUGACCCUCCCGGUCAUCCAGAUGAGAUACCAGCCGAUCAUUCAUUGCCAGAGGCCGAAUGCGAUGCUGUCCUAGCUGGCAUUCUGGAUGCCGGUCUCGGCUCGGGCUCCAGAUGCAGCAGCCCCGUGGACCUCGAGAGCGGCUCCAAUGCCUCAGGCGCUGAGGCUUGUUCACAGGAAGCUGAGCACGAGGCUGCGCACUGCGAUGCUGUCAUGGCUGGCAUUCUGGAGGCAGGUCUCAGCUCGAGGUGCAGCAGCCCCGUGGACCUCGAGGGAGCCUCCGAUGCUUCACAGGAGCCCAUGAACCCUCUGCUGAUCGAGGAGCUUCAGGCAGUCGCGCAGGCGGAUGAUCAGGGCGAUGCUCUUCCGUGUCACCUGACCGAGGCACCGUCCAGUCAGGCUGCCGUGGACCCCUUGCUGAUGGAGCAGCUUCAAGCAGCCGCGCAG